UAUGAUAAAACAGUACAGAGUUCUUUCUCGGAAGGAUUCUCGCACAUUUAUUUACGAUAAUUUUUAUCCUAAGAACGAGAACUUAUUUACACCAAAAAUGUCUUUAGCACUUGGAAUGUGCGAAACACCAGGAUGUAAAGCUGUAGCAAGUCUUCAGUGUCCAACUUGUUUGAAAAUUGGAAUUCAGGGUUCAUAUUUUUGUAGUCAGGAUUGUUUCAAAGGAAGUUGGAAAACUCAUAAAGUGAUUCAUGGCAUUGCUAAAGGCGAGGGUGCCAAAAAAAAGACAACUGGAGAGUAUAACCCAUGGCCAUCCUAUCACUUUACUGGAAAAUUACGUCCUUUUCCACAAGUACCAAAGAGAGAAGCUCCCAAAAAAAUUGUUCGUCCUGAUUAUGCUAAUCAUCCAGAGGGUGUUCCUUUAAGUGAACAAGCAGUUAGAGGAUCUUCUCAAAUAAAAAUCCUUGAUGAAGAAGAAAUUGAAGGAAUGAGAGUAGCUUGUAAGUUAGGUCGAGAAGUCUUAGACGAAGCUGCUAAAGUAUGUGAUGUAGGAGUGACUACCGCAGAAAUUGAUCGAAUUGUAUACGAAGCAUGUAUUGAACGAGAUUGUUAUCCUUCACCUUUGAAUUAUUAUCAAUUUCCUGCAAGCUGUUGCACAUCCGUUAACGAGGUGAUUUGUCAUGGGAUUCCUGAUACAAGACCUUUGGAAGACGGUGACAUUUGUAAUGUUGACGUAACUGUUUACCAUAAAGGCUUUCAUGGAGAUUUGAAUGAAACUUUCUUAGUUGGGAAUGUAAAGCCGGAAGUAAAGAAACUAGUCCAAGUGACCUACGAGUGUCUCUCGAAGGCUAUCGAUAUCGUCCGACCUGGUGAAAAGUACAAAGACAUUGGAAAUGUUAUUCAAAAGCAUGCUCAAGCCCAUGGCUUUAGUGUUGUUCGUAGUUAUUGCGGUCACGGAAUUCAUCGACUUUUCCACACAGCACCAAGUGUUCCACAUUACGCCAAAAAUAAAGCAGUGGGAGUCAUAAAAGCAGGUCAUUGCUUCACAAUCGAACCAAUGAUUUCUCAGGGAACUUGGCGAGAUGAAAUGUGGCCAGAUCAUUGGACUGCAGUUACUGCAGAUGGCCAAUGGUCCGCACAAUUUGAACACACUCUUCUUGUCAAUGAAAAUGGCUGUGACAUUCUGACAAAACGACGUACUAAUAAUGGGCAGCCUUGGUUCAUGGAUAAGUUAUAAUAAAUGGGAAAUUUAUUGUAUCAAAUUUUUCGUGUAAGAGUCAGAAGUAGACUCAUUGUUAAUUUUUUGCGGUUUUAAACCAGCGUCAUCCCUCGUGUAAAUUUUCAUCCAGCUAAUCAUGGAAAUGAUCAUGAGAAUUUACAGCGUGCCUUGUAUCAUACCUUCCCAUUUUUUCGAAAAUUAAAAAUCAACAAAUGUUUAAAAAAUAAAUAAACAUUUUUUUUAAGUCA